GUGAGCUGUUGAUCAAUGGAGGAAGUAGUGUUUUUAGCUACAAACUGUCGCUGUUGUCUGAUGGAGGAUAAGGAUAUGGUGUAUGUGUUUGAUACUCUCGAUGAAUUCAACAUGAAAAUCUGCGACCUAAUCGCCCGGAAUGGAGCUAUUGUGAUAUUCGAAAACGAUGCCUUUUCCAAACACAUCUGCGGCAAUUGCCUGAAUGACCUAGCGAUAGCGGAGCGUUUUGUGUUACGUUGCCGGAAAACCAACGAUCUGCUUAUGAACCUCAUCGCAAACGAUGAUGCACAUGAUGAUAGCGUAAUUGCUGAAGUGGCAAUAGAAGACGGAAGUGUGACUGGGUUAGGUUGUGAGAACGUAGCGUACGUUUUAGUGCCACCGGGAACACCAGAAACACAUCUGUUUGAAACAGAAACUAAAGUGGAGAAAGAACAAUCGCUGGAUAUGGUGCAACAAUUUGUGGAUGAUGCUGCUAUUGUGAAAGACGGAGAAGAAACUGGUACAAAUACGAUGGAAUUGCUGCUUUGUUUACAGCAGCCCCAAGCAAGAAUGAUCGAAGAGACUACGGAUGAAACGGAACAACUACAUGUACUUUGUGAUAGCGAUACAAUUUUACACGGUACUGAUUCACUGAUCGAGGAGGAUGAGAUCGAGCCAGACGAUAAUCUGUGUGAUGUGAGUUACGAGGGCCAUGAAAAUGGGAAAACCUUCGGAGUAAUUCAAACGGUAGACGAAACAAAUAUUGGUGAUCUUGAGGAAGGAUUCAAUAUGGAUCUGAUGGACGCAAAGCUCGAAUUUAACUACAGCUGUGAAUACUGUGGGGCCAGUUUCGUUACUUCAAAGCACUAUGCUCGACAUUUACUGUCACACAGCAUUGUUGCUUGCGAAGAAUGUUUGACGAGAUGUGAUGGUCCCGAGUCACUAAAAUCACAUCAAACUUAUUGUGUAGAAAGCCAUCAUCAGUCUAAAAGCGUCUUAAGCGAUCAAAAUACUUCCGACCAACGGCAACAGAAAAAGCAUUUCUUAUGUACGUACUGCGAUAAACGGUGGAUUUCACAAUCCGCACUUACGGCGCACCUCCGUACGCAUACUGGCGAACGGCCGUACGGUUGUAGGUACUGUAUAAAGCGCUUCAAAACGCUUUCCGCCCUGGACUUGCACGAACGACGACACUCCGGUACGAAACCAUACUCCUGUCCCAUAUGCGACAAACGGUUUACCGAGAGUAGUAAUCUUAAGGUACAUAUGCGGCGGCACACGAAUGAAAAAUCGCAUGUGUGCACGGUUUGCAAUCGUGCCUUUGCCCGCGUGUUUCUAUUACAGCUGCAUAUGCGGACACAUACGGGCGAGAAACCGUAUGAGUGUGAUCUGUGUGAGCGAAAGUUUUCGCAACAGUGUGACCUAACGGCACAUCGGCGUAUCCAUACUGGCGAACGACCGUACGCCUGCCACGUCUGUGGGAAAGGUUUUACGAAAAGUAAUGCCGUUGCCCAGCAUCUUAAAAUCCAUCAGAAACACCUGUUGGCGGAAACGAAUGCAGAAAGUACGCAGGAGUAUUUCGUGGAAGAAGGAUCGUCGCAAGAGUGA